UCGUCACGUGACGUCUCCGCCCGGCGCGGCCGCGUCCCUCGCCUCGUCGUUGCGUGCGUGAGGGGAGGUACCCAAACCUAAACAUCAUGUGGUUUGGCUGACAUGGCAGGGAGAAGCUCUACCUAGGCUGCCAGAGGUGGCAUUGCUUACCAAGUAUACUGCACAAUGGGUUUUCUAGGCAGAACUCCCUCCGUGAGGCCCAUCUUUAGUUCUCUCCUUGGAAAAGUUGUCUGAAGGCUGCAGGGACGUGCAGAGUUCCUUCACCAUGUCUAUACUGCAGGCCCUGGGUCCUGUGCAGACGUGGUUGGGCCAGGAGCUGGAGAAGUGCGGGAUAGAUGCUGUGAUUUACACACGUUACAUCCUUAGCCUUCUCCUCCAAGACACCUUUGAAGUGGAACCUCAAGAACAGGAAGGUAACAUCUGUGUGCCAUGGGACAAAGGACCAGGUCGCCGCUUGGGUAAGAACAAGAAGAAGUGGACGUCUGGUCUAAGUUUGGAGGAGAUGAAGAAGCAGGCUGCUGUCCAAUGUCUCCGCUCUGCUUCAGAAGAGACAUCCGGUAUAGAAAUGUUGGUUGAAGAGCUCUGUUGUAAAUUAAAAGAUCUCCAAGACCAGCAAAAGGAUGGACAGUCUUUUGGGAAGCUCACACCAAAGAAAGGAUCUCCAUCACUUGAUGAUGGGCCAACUUCUAACAAGGAUGAAGCUGAAAUGUACUAUGAAGCAUUCCCUGCUCUAUCAGAAAAGACUGCCCCAUUUCCUGCAACUUCGACAUCUGUCUGGGUCUGUAAAGCCAAGAUGCUACGAGGCACCAGUUCUUCCACCUCUGACUCUGUCUCUUCAACGUCUACCCUCCAGCAAGCCUGCACAGAGACCUCCUCCCCAGUCGAGUUAUGCAGUGAUGAUGACGAGACAGUCCGGGAGAGACCGUCUGGGAAGCCAGAGUCUGGUAGUUCUCCAGGGCAGAGAGACAGCGGCAAAGAGAACGAGCAUGAUCGUAGCAUCUGCAAGCGUCAUAAGGCCAAGCCAUCUUUCUCGCGUCGGCAAGGAAGGGUUAGGUUGUCUGGAGAAGGGAAAUUGCUCAGAACACAUUCGGGCUCUUCUGACUCGAGUGAUGCUGGAUCUGCCUCUGGCUCCAACAGACCGAUUGAAGUGAACACCUUGAGAAAGGCAUUACGUCUAAAGCAGAGAAUUAGAGAAACUGACCGGGUACCAAGGUUACAAGAAGCAAUGGUUAAGCCGUCAAGGAAAUAUUCUAAGAAAUUUGACAAAAGCAAAUAUUUUGGUGGUGGUACAGCCAGAUAUGAAUCAUAUUCCAGAGGGGGCUUUGCUGAAAAAGAAAGGGGAAAAAGUAAUGAUUUGGAAUUGACGAGUGAGGAAAACCUGUUUGGCCAAACUAGAAGACAAGGUCUUCAAGAAGAACCAAUGUGGUAUACAGAACCCCUUGGUGUUUGCUUUGUGUCGCAGAACCAGAAGAGCAAACUAGAAACGUCGUACCGUGGGCUUGCUAGUUCACAAGCUGAAAACUCUGAGUUGCAUCCACAGGCCAAGCGUUCCGAAGAAGUUCAUCCGCCACAUUACAGUAAAAAUGCAUACGAUGAUGUUUUUAGGUCAGCAGGCACAUUUAUUGAUGGGUGCUUUGUGGAAGUGCCAGUAGUUUCUUCUGAUGGAGCUGAGCGUGAAAUGCCAACUACAGAGCUAAAGAACAACAUCCGUACUGAGCUAAACUGUUUAGACUGUGAUUACUUCCGUGAAGUAAAUUUUUAUCAAUCCAUGUUGGAUCCUUCUGCAUCUGAAUUGCUGCCUAACAGCAGUCGUAUAUUAAAGCUAAUCCACCAAAACAGCACGGAGCACGUUUCAGUGGAAAGUGAAAAUCAUGUUGGUUCUUUUGAGACUCAAAGUAAAGAAAGUGAAAGUGCAAUAUGGACAGAUGAACAGGUGUUGGAAAAACCUGAAAUUCUGAACCUCCGUGAUUCCCAGGAUGGCAACAAUAGCAUUAACAAGCUGAGCCCAACAGUUGCUCGGUUCUGGGAUUGUUCAUCUCCUUCAUUCUGUUCAGAAGAUGAAGGCUCGCAAGAUGACCAUCUUGUGUCAUUUUUCAACAGUCCAAUUUUCCACAUUGAUGAGAGAUUUGGUUGCCUUGUAAUCAAAAGCAAGGAGUGCCCUCAAAUUGAACAGUUAAAUUCUGACAAAGAUAAGUUUCCCAAACCUGAGCCCGGUUUAGAUAUGGCUGCUCUUUUCCCUGAAGUAGACGUUCAGUUUACAAACCAACCUCGGGGCCCUUUGGAAGUGUUUGUAGACACAGUAAGUGAGAAGCUUGGUUCAGCAUUAUGGGAAGAUACAGGUGCAGCAAAAACCUCUCGCCUGGCAAUGUGGACCCGCUCUCAAACGUGUGAAGAUGAUGGCCCUUUCUCUAGUUUGUCCACACGGACUGGCAGUCCAUGGUCCCAUUCUGAUGAUGUUCGUUCUGAAGAUGCAGCUUCAUUCAACUUACAGGGCGACGAUUUAUCAAAAUUUCCAGCAGAGGAAAAGAAUGUUAGUAGCCUAACUGAUUCUGUCACCAUGCAAGAGUCUGAUCUUCUCAACUUAAUUCCACAACAUAAUCAGUUUGAUGUUGAUGGUGCUUUGAGAAAAUUGCCCCCAUUAAGCUGCAAGCAUGGAUCGAAGUUGGCUGCUGUUUGUGGUAUACAAUUAGAGGAAGAUGGAGAGGAAAUCCCACUUGUCAAUGAAACUAUUUAUUUGUCCUCCCCUCUUUCAGCAUUUCCUCACCAAUCUAGCUCAGGGAAUUCAAUACAAUUUUUGAACGAGACUUCUCAUGAUGUUUUACCACCACCAAACUUCAGCCACUCUGCUUCUGUUACAAACCAUACUUUUACAGUCGAGGUUACAACCCCACCUUGCAAUGUAGAAGGAAAAAAAUGUUUGCCUAAAAUGGCUUCAACAGCUGUACAGCGGUCAGAGUAUCGUCUUUGGGAUAAUGUAAAUUCCAAUGCAUCAGUAAUGGCAGAAGGAACAUCAGAAAAAGUGUGGGAUAUGACCGAGGAAACAGACACGUCGUUUAUUUUGGGUGGUGUAUAUGGAACAGGAAAGCAUUUAAAGGAUGAAUGUUCAAGCAUGCAAAACUGGGCUUCUGUAUCGAGCACUGAACAAAAAGACAGCAGUUUGCUUGAGAGUGCAUCCCCAAAUGCAGUAAUUAUUGCAGGCCCAAACUUGUGUAUGGCACCACAUUUUCAUGCACAACACAAAUCCCUUUGGAAAUCUCGCUUUCCAUUUGCUCAAGGUGGACUGUCUGUAAAGUGGGAGGAGAGAAUGGAUGCAACCAUCCCAUUCCUUUUGCAAGAUGAUUGUGGGGGAAGUUACAGCAAUUACCUUGGAUCAGAUUUUUGUCACAGCCCUGGCAUCAAGUGCACUUUCCCGUCACUAGAUCUCAACAGUCAUUUUUCACAUCUUCUGAGUGUUCAAUGUGCUGUACAGCCUGAUGUCGAUUCUCCACUGGAUGCGCCCUUCAAGCCGAAACCCGUUUUGAGCUCGGGCACAGAAGCACACAACCUGGAACACCACAAAGUGUAUGGGCUUUGCCAGAUGCAGUACCGUGCCAUACGGAUCUCGCCACGUACCCACUUCCGCCCAAUUCAAGCUGGCGAGCUUUCUCCAUUUGCAGGUGAUACAUCAGACUCUGAAUCGGAGAAGGGUGAUGAAACCCUGCCCAUUGUAACAUACAGCGACUUGUUUGAACAACCAGAGGCCGAUCUAAGGCCCCUAGAAGAAGAUGCAGUCGCUAAUUACCAGGAAUACAAAUGCUAUGCACAAAGUGAAACCGAUACACAACAUAUGGAGGUUCCACAAGUAAGGAAGACUGCGAUUGAGAGGGGAGCACAAACAUCCCUGGACUCGCAAGAUAAACUCACUGUGGCUUGUGGGGAUGAUUGUGUUCAAGAGUGUGCAUCUGAAAGUUCCAGUGCGCCUCACGUUAUUGGGUGCUUUGGUUCCAAUGCAAAGCAUGAUGCCAAUAAGGACAUUGAGCAACAAAGCACUGGUGGAGAACGUGGAACAGAUGAGUGCUAUGGAUCCUUCAUUCUUGGUGGAGUUUACUCAACUUCUGAUGAGCAAGAAAGAUAUGCAAAGCCAUUUCUUGCUUGUAAGAAUUGUUGGUCCGACAAUGAGACCAAGGAGCAAGAAGACGAUUGCUGGAAUUUGUUGGACUCUAUUUCUCGUCUAACAAUCAGGUGUUCCAAACCUCCAGAGUCGUGUGAAAAGGGAGAUUCCAGCUGGAUUAACAAGCAGUUGGGUAACAUCCAGACAAGCCAAGCCAGCGAGGUUGACUGUGGCAUUCAGUGUGCCACAUUUCAGCCCGAUGUAUCUGCUGUAGUGGAGGGAAGGCAUACUUUUCCCGGCAGGCUGGGUUCCUUCUUCAUUGGAGACCCUGACCUCUCGGACAGCUCCGACGCAGAGAGUGAUGGGAGCCAAGAUGAUGACACCACCUUCAGCGAGAAGGAUGAACCCAUCUAAGACCGGCAGCCGUCAUCUACUGGCCGUCUUUGCUGAGUUCGAUUUUUAAUGUUUUGCCUGCAUAAUAAUAAACCUGUGUUAGGAGGGGUUUUUUUCUUUCAUUUUUGUCUGCUUGCUCUGCAAAAAUGUGAAGUGGCCAUUUAAUAGCCUUAAAAUUUGAAUGAGUAAUUUGAUUAAUUCAGUGUUUUACUAAAGUCUUUAAAAACGAGAUAAACCUUGACACCCAUGCAUCUGUUCAAUUGAUUUCCUGUUUUUAAGUAGACCAAAUUUGAAUGAUACUAACAUACAGCCCUUACACACUAUUAGAAUUUGUAAGCUACCAUAUGCAGGUUGCCCUCAUGGAUGCACAGAAAAUGCAUAACAGAAUUUCAGCUGAGAAAUGUAUGCGGAUGUGUAAAUAUUAAGCUGACAGUAUUUGAACUAGACCUUUCACAGAAAUAAAAAAUAAUUCAGCUUCAUUGCUAUGGGUAUAGGGAGUCAUUUUCAAUAAAAAAUGUUGUAAACCGUAACAAAUUGAACUUAUAACUAAACAAUGGGCUAAACUAAAUUUGUUUUUCAAUUACAUUGGCUAGGCCUGAUUGUUAAAAAGUACAAGUUUUAAGGCUUAAAAUGUAAACGUUUACAUUUUGUGGCAUGCAGAAUGUCUGAGCUUCCUUUGUUGCAUAGUCUAAUGCUUUAUCUAUAAAAUAAAACAUACUGCAGUUGUGGUCUGCACGUAGUUUCGGUUUUGGACUGGCGUUUUUUGCAGUGCACAUUUAUUACGUUUGUAAAUGCACAAGGUCAAAUUAUUAAUUAGAUCAGUUUACCAGUUUAAAUUUAACAUUUUGUUGAACAUUUGAAUGCAUACAAAUUGUGUACAGUCUUCUCCCAUUCAGAUAUUGAUGUGUGGUGAAACUCCUGACGGUUUCAUAACAUCUGAAAUAUGGUUCUGGAAUUCAAGUGAAAAUUUAAUUCUUCAAAACCUUUAGGUAAAGGGUAGUUUUAUGGUUGUUGGUAGAGGGUGAAUUUGACAAGUUGGUGAGCUUCAAUGAAUCCAAACUCAAGCUAGGAUGAUUUAGUUGAUUAAUGAGAAAAAAAUGGAACUGCUUUGUGGCAGAAGCCCCCUGACGAGCAAUGCUCAGCGUGGAUGUAGCUGAUGCAGUGGCCAGUGGCACAUUUAAUGGGUAAAACCUUUUACAACUAUUUUUGUUCUUCAAUUAGUCUAAGCAAACUGUAAUAAUAGAUUACAUAAAUCGGAUCGCCCAGUUCUAGUUGAAACCCGGAGCUCCCCUGUACUUUGGCAAAAGGUAUGAAUUGUGUUUUUAUGAGAAACAAAAAAAAUUGACAGUUAAAUGCAAUAAUGCUUUCAUUUAAUGCUGAAUUAAACUGAAUUAUAAUGAUACAAUUCUGAAACCAAAAUUUAUUAUUGAGCUCCGGGUUAAGUUUUGAGCAGAGAUAAGGGCAUUACGAGUUUGAUGGUGUUGAAUGUAUACGUAAGAGUUUACCUCCCUCAGUUCAAGUCGUGCAUUAAAAACCUCUGGCAUGCAUGAUGUUGAAUUAUGUAAAACGGGUCAAGUUGAAAUACAUGCAGUAGCUUUGACAUCACUUUUUCCAGGUCUGGAAGUUCACCAUUACAAUGCUCAUCACUUGGGUUUAAAAUAUAUGCAGACAUUGAAUAAUUUAGUGUGCUAUUUUGCAGACUGGUUGUACCUCCAUGUGGAUCUUGUGCAUUUACAAAUGUGAUUAUGCUUCAGCUUCCAAAACUGAUUUGUUUAAGGAUUGCAAAUUUGAGAGCUGAUUUGUAUAAUGGGAAUAAAAUCCUGAAUGCAUAUUGAAAGCUGUAACAUUAAGAACUAAACUCACAUUUUCCAUUUAGCCUCGGUUGCAUGUUUUCUACAUGCUGAGAGAUGAAGAUAUUUGGGGCUCCUUAGAUAUAUUUUUUGCAGAAUGAACAUUUAUUUCACAACUUGGUGUCAUGUGCAUUUUAGAUGUAUAGUUGCCUGAAAGUGACAUGUUAUUUUACCAUCUGUAAUGCACAGGACCUGUAUUUAAAGUGGCUUUCAGUUUUGUUCCCGUAAGUGGGCAAAGCAACAGUUCCAUCUCAAUUGGUGGUUGCUGAAAACACGAGAUUGAGAGGCAUACACUUGUAUUUGCGGAUAAGUUUUAAACUGGUUUUGUGUGCGUGUUAUGUUGGAAUUGGGGAAAUUGACAGGCUUCCACUACUGCAACAUAAUAGGCAAUAUACAGGAAGUCUAGUUUAUCCCAGAUGACUGCAAGCAUGUCAGUGCUAAGAUUGAAGUGUUAAAUUAUUAAGCUUAUUUGCAUUCCACAUCUUCAACAUUUUAAAUUUAUAUUUAACAAGUAAUACUACAAUAUCUUUUGGUGUUUGAUUUUUAAAGUUUUUUUUUUGAUUUGCAGUAUUUCUAGUUUGCAUUUAAGUGAACUUUCUUUUUUUAUUGGUGACAAGGAAAAUAACAAACUUAUGUAUAUGUGCUGGAGGGAGCGUUUUUAAAUAAUUGGUACAGGAAUACACCAUCUUACGAGUUGUACUCGGGUGCACUCAAGGUGUUUUGGCAUUGUGUAGCAUUCCACCAUAUUGCAUUCAUAAUUGAAAACCAAACGGCACCGUUUAAUCCUUAAGUAAUAGUUGAGUGGGUUUGGAAGUGGCUCGCUCACUGGCCUGUUGACAAAAACACUUUUACAUUGGAAUAAGGAUGGUACACUAAUGCAUGACACGUGGUGUAGUCGAGUACCAUUUCUAAAAUCAAAAUGCAGUAUGUCCCCUCCUGAGUGCAUUUUGAAUUUGUGGCGUGUUGGCAGGUUAAGUAGAAUGUGUGUAUUGUAUGUGUGCAUACAGUUACAAUAUAUAUGAACACACAACUGUAAGCAAAAAUUAUACUUGUGUGUUUAUAUAUUUUUGUUUGUGUACAUAUCGUGUAUGUAUGCAGUGUACAUUAAAACGCCACCAAUUUGAACCGCUUAAUUCAGAGGUGGGACAAAGUCAUUGUUAUGCAAGUCCAAGUCGAGUCUGAAGUCAUCAAAUUCAUGACUCGAGUCUGACUCGAGUCCAAGUCACAUGACUCGAGUCCACACCUCAGCCGCUUAUUGUAGCCCAUGUGCUUCAUAACACUCUUGGGUCAAUGGCUACAUCUCUAAUACCCUCGGUUGGGCUGUAUCGAUUAACUUGUGGCUUUUAACCCUUGACAAAUUUAUAUUCAUGUUCUCGUAAGCUCACAGGAUAAUUUGAUCGGUUCUAGGUUCAUGAAUACAAAUCUGUAAUAUACGAUGCUGUGAUAAUAUUCUAAACCAUUUGCAAAAACAUUGCUCAUCUCAACCACUGGCCCAACUGCUUCCCAUUUGUGACGUGACAUGUAUAAACUGUAUGUACGAUGUUUUUGGAUGUAUUGCGUAUAACUUGUGUGCCUGUAAUUCCUAGAAAAUGUCAACAUUGGAAAGAUAUUCCCAACAGAGCCACUUUGAAACAGAGUCCUUCGUAAAACUUUGCCUCAUAGUGCCUUUAGCAAGAUUUCUGCAAGCACAUGCUUAAAACCGCUUUAGAAUUACAGUACCUGUUCAGUUUUGUUAAAUUUAAGCAUGUACACGCUGUCAUUCUUCAUUGCAGGGUAUUGUAAAAGGCAUUAUGGCCAUUUGUGGUUUUUUUUUUAUAAUUGGACUUGUUCAGAUACCAUCAAGGGUUGCUUAGUGGCUGUAGCUUUUAAUGGCUUAAUGGAACAUUCUCACUUUUAACCGAAGGGUAAUAGAAAAGAUGCUGAAUCUUGAUCUUAAAUUUGGUGAAUUAAACAUACAGAAAGCCACUAGUAAAUGUGUAUGUGGGUGGUUAAAUUUUUCUGAAAGCCUUUGUUAAACCCUAAUGGCUGUCUGGGUGAAAUUGUUGAUUGUGUGUGUGUUCCGGUGUCAGGCUUGUUGUUUUGCUUACUCACAAAUUCCUGUAUUACUGCUCUAUGUGAUUGGAUGUGAGGUUUGUGUCUUACAGUAGUGAGUGGCCAUAAGUAUGUUUGAAACUGGAACGCUUUGCCGAUGGCCAGCGUCUAGUUUCAGCUUGUUAGUGGCUAUUUUACUAAGUGUAAAAGUAAUAAAAAAACAUACAAAAAAACUUUAAAAUAUAUUCUAGUUACAUUAAAUCUAAAACAAAAAAAGUGAUGUUACAAAGAAAUAAGUAAAUUAAAUUGCAAUGAUUUUGCGGUGCAUUUAUUUGCUUUUUCUUGGCUUUAUGCUGAAUUUACAGUAUAAAUUUCUGAACAGCAUAAAUUUCUGAACAGCAUAUGAACACAACCCUUUCAACGCUAAGAAAUGCAUAACAGCUUGGAGAAAUACAAAAGGACCCCGUGAUUACUGGCUAGGUUAACAUUUUCAAAUGUUUGUAAAAUUAUUAAGAUUUUGUGUGAAUCCAAAAUACAUUCGUUUUGAUUAGCUACCGAAUAUAUUGGUGUUUAUGCAUACACAAGGGAAACCUUUCAGUGCAUAUAAAACGAACCUUGAAACUUUGGUAAAAAACAGCUGCUUGGUUAGAUACUUAAAUGUAAACAGCCAGUAAAUGGGGAAAAUAAAAAAACUUUUCAAGUAGUUGGUGUUAUCAGAGGGCCUGGCUGUCGUGGGAAAAUGCCAUUGUAAUUCACGAGCAUUUCAUGACGGAGACAAGCUGGCAUGUACCUUAUGUCACGAAGGCUAUCGUCACCAUGAACAUGGCAGUACAGUAUUGUUAAUGUGGUUUUUGUCGAGCACACUUGCAAAACGCAUAAUUCUCAAAUGGCUAAUUUCGAAGAGACCCGAUGAACGAUAUAGCGUUGGUGCUCGGUGUGAGUACUUCGGUUAACUUCCAGAUACAGUAGCAACAUUAUCCGGAUAUGCAGGUUAAGGCUAUUUUUGCAGGUGAAAAUAUUUUCAUCCAUUAUCUACUUUAGGGCAUUUCACACGUAGGUAAACAUUUUGCGAAUUAUAUCAUGCAGUGUGUUUACUUUUAGCCAGAGAAUGCUAAAUUAAUGCGAACUCACGUACGUUUAAAUUUAAGCAGAGAUUGUUCCUGUUGGUGUUUAAUAAUUCCACUGAAUUUUAAAAAUUCAACUAAAUGUAAAAAAAACUAAGAAUAUGUUUUGUCCUGCUAGAUUAGGAACAUCUGCCAUGGUAUGCGAAUCGUAACUACGAAAUGGGCACAAGUGCACCAUACAACUUCAGACACUCGUUCUUCAAAUGGGUGAACGAAUGGUACAAGGCAUCACAGUGCAGCUUAAUCGGUUCACUUAUCAAGCAGCUGAAGCUCACCUGGUACAAUCGUUUUAACUUACUCAAUUGCUUAGCCUUAAACCGAUUCUGUUGAUAUGGUACAUUUCAAUCCCAUCGUCCUUUCCCAAACCAUGGAUAUCCAACGAUUUUUUUAAAGAUAUUGCAUGAAUAGUUGAUUUAAUUUACGGUAUUCUGUAAUCUUAACCUACCACGCAAUGUCGUAUGCUUUUCGGGAAGAUUUGGGGUGACCAUUUAGCACGUGAACCGCAUUUCUAAAAGCGUUUAGAGGGUUGUUACUGCAAACAAUAGUAUUUGGUGAAGUUGGCUACCUGGGUGUGUUGGUGGCGCCGUCCACUUAAGUUGCAGAACUUCCCAGGUAAGGCACUGAUAAUAUUCACUGGACUAUUGGGAACUUCCACUCUAUUUGGUGCAGUACCGUGAAUACUGAGCCAAAUAGACUCGAUCUAAAAAAAUUGUUUUUUCUUGUUCUGCUGUAAGUCAGCUGUGUAUGCAUACAAUAAACGAUUAAACCAC